CACAAAUAAUUAACCCCAUCAUUUCCUUAGCUAAUAUUAUGAUUUAUUUUAUUAGGUACGCUUUCUGUCUUGAUGAUGUACAAUUAUUUGGAAGUGCACCUUCCACAUAUAUCAAACUGAAUUUACGGUAUAUUACUAUCAUACCACCUAGGCUUUUUCCCAUUUUCUGGAAAACUUUUUAUCCUGAUACAAAAACCUUUGGAUGUAAACUUAGAUUGUGGAUUGAACUUUGAGCUUAUUAGCGUUUUAGUAAGCUAAACCACACAAUUUUGCUUGUUGCAGUUACAAAAGUUCACGGAGUUUCUGCUUAUGCACAUGGUUUGGAAUCAGUAUGGGCAAAGGAUUAGCAAGCUUUUGAGUACCAUUAUCAAUGUGAACUCGAGAAAUACGGUGAUAUUUGCUUCAUUUGGAUCAGUAUUGUCAGGAGUGUUUUAUUUCGCUGUGAAUGACUGCAAACAUGUAUAUAUGAAGAGUUCAAGUACUGAUGUUCGCCGUCUUUCUCUAGAAGAGAAGUUUCGCACGUUCGCUUCCUUAGAGUUUCAUGGCGUAAUACUCAUGACACCCUCUGACUUCUUACGCUCUUUGGUUAAUGAUCAGACAGAUGUGAAGACCAAUGUUACCAAAGAUUCCGAAUUUGUCGAUAGAAUAAUGAAGAAAGCGACAGCGAAGAAAUAUGGAUCUCGAUUUUUCCGAAAUUUGCAGAAUGAUGGCAUAAUAACAUUUUCGGAGUAUUUGUUUCUGCUUCAUAUCCUCACAAAGUCUCCGUCGGGGUUUGAAAUAGCAUUUAAAAUGCUUGACAGAGAUAUGAGUGGUUCCGUUGAUGCAAAAGAAUUCAUGACUCUGAAUCAUAUAAUUGCAGAAAGCACAGAAGACAUAUCAGUUGGUGAAAAUGAAAAGUGUGAUCUUGUACUUCCGAAUGAGCACGCCUACAACACUACCCUUAUGACUCACCUUUUUGGAUAUACUAAAACUAAAAACCUCAGUUUCCAGGAAUUCGAAAGAUUCAUGCAAAAUGUGCAAACGGAAGCCUUAGAAGUUGAGUUUCAACAGUUUGCACUAGGUUCGUCUACAAUCACUCCAACGGAUUUUGCUCGAAUUUUACUCCGUUAUACUACUGUUUCUGCUACUGAGUAUGAUGCUUUUAUAACACGACUCCAAAAGCGUGUUCCUUCGAAUAUGACAAUUUCCUUCAACGAAUUUCAAAAAUUUUUCAUGUUUUUGAAUUGUCUGGAUGAUUUUGCAUUAGCGGUGAAGAUGUAUACUAUUGCUGGACAACCAAUAUCACUACGUAUGUUAUCAGUUUCCCAUUGCAUCUGUGUGAAAUUGUGUAUUCGCAUUUUAGUUUUAUUUAGUUUUUUUGAAAAUGCUGACGACACAUGACUUAACUGUUAAAUUUCCCUGAUCAAAGGAUGGCUGCAUGACGUUUUCAAUUGAUGCAUGAAUAGGUCUAAGACUAUCGGUUAUUGGCACUACUUUUGUAUUCGGAAAACUGGUGGUCUCUUUGUUUUAUCUCGGGAUUCCAUAUGUUUGGUAAAAGUAAGAUUUUUAGAUGUUUUUGAUAUAGGUGACCUAUUUAGCUCGCUUUGUUCCAAGUGAAGAAAGGAAAAUGUCAAAAAAUCAAUCAAAAUUAGUCUGUCAAAAUAAUAAUUGUCAUAGGCAAAUGAUGCUUAAAUAAGAGUAAACGAGUUUUAUGCAGUUUUCGGGCUCCUUUGCUAUACUGGUCUAUAGGUUAAUAUAUACUGUAUAUUAUUUUUUUGUUAAGGUCUAGAAAGUCUGUUGGUGCUUAAAAAAUUUUCUGAGGAUUCUUGGCAUACCUUGAUGCACUGUUAGAUGUGAGAUGUUACUGCUUCAAUGCUAAGCACUGACUCUUAUUCUAGUAAUAUGUAGUGAAGUGACUAAACGUGUUUAAUUGGGAAGUUUCAUUGGCUCUGAAGUGUCAGCAAGGAUACCCAUACCGAUACAACACUUGUAACCUCAUUUUAUAUUUGGUGUAGUUGCGGUGUCCAUCUAUCCAUCAAGAGAAUUGUGUACUGCGUUUUGUUUCUAUCCGUUCUUCUCUACGGCUGCAAAAGUCCGAUGAAGGUGAGACAUACAAAACUAUCUACAGCUUUUUACUACAUGUGUCUCUGUUUAUUAUUCCAUGUCGGCUGUAACAAUUUUUUCACAUGAAAUCAAAGGUAAUGUGAUAGGGCAUAAGAGGAAGUUGCUCGGUGAACUUGUGAAGCUCCCCUCAACUAUGGUAGUAUGGAAAUGUGUUACCAAUGCUGAGCCACUGGCUUCUUCAGGGACCAAUACUAACCAAAAUAAAACUUCACCACGGUAGAGAUAGAAGUGUUCAGAGUAAAAAGUGGCGAAAAUUCAUAAAGACUUUGAAUGUUCUUUUUGACCUCCUAGGAGAGGGUAGGCCAACUGGUUGUGAUUUUCGAAAUGCUAAGAAUCAAAGGUUUUGGACUGCUGGUAAAAUGACUAACAGUCGCUCCCACUGACGCAGACCCAUUCACUUCUUACUUUUCCGGGAUUCUAAAAACAUUUUCUAGUCUUUAUUUAAUUGUUCUAUCUUCCUAUGGCAUUGUCUUUUUCAGUUUCACUUAGUCAUUUUCCCUACCACUGACGUAUUCUUCACCAAGUUGUGGAGUCUUGAACUAGUUCAAUUUUUUGAGAACUCUUGCAUCGAUAAAUGGCUCGGCCAGUUUAUUCAAACAUCAUAACAUCAAUUUAUAUUCGCUAAAACACUCUAGGCUUAACUGACACAUUAUUAUGUAACGAUAGGCUAAUAAGUUUUAAAUUUAAUUUAAAUUUAUUCAAAUUUCGGAAUCUAUCAUUCAAAUAUGUAUUAUUGUUGUGUGAAGAAAUAUUUCUGUGUAUUUUAAAAGACGACAUGAUCCAUUUUACUGUGCCAUUCAUUUAAUGCUGCUACAUGGAAUUAUUUUCAGUGUUUAGCUACCUUUAUUUUAUUUACAAGGAAAUGAAGUAAAUCUUAAUUACAAUGAAAAAUUGACGUUUCCUGUUUUGGAACUGAAACAAAAUAAUUUUUAUUCAUUUCGCUAGCUACUCAUCAUCUGUAUAUGCUAUUGUUAUUCACUUGAGUUCAGGCUGGAGGACAGGGAUUCAGCAGUACAUCUGCACUUUAUCCUGUUUUCUGAGGUUCUCUUCAACUGGUUCCAUGGUUGCCCAUGAGCUCUCAUGUCCUCAAACUACCCUCUCCAUGUAAACCUCGAACACCCAACGCAUCGUUUUACAUUCGGGGACCCCUGAGGGUCUGACUUGUGAUGUCAGUCAAUGGUCUCCUCAGCGUGUAUCCAAUCGACCUCCAUUUUCUUCAGGACACAUUUGCUGAGCAGAGUCUCUUGUUGCUAAUUCUUUCUAACUGGUCAUUUGAUCUUCGCUGUUGAGCAAGAGAAGUCAGCUGUUGAUAAAAGUCUACAGCAGCCUGUUGGAAAUGCUUUUCAUGACACGCCAGCUGCUCAUAGCCUAACGAAAUUUUAUGUUUAUGUACGCGAGAACUUUAAAAUACUUGCAAAUAUUAUAUAAUGUCAAUAUGGAGUCUCUGAAAAAAACACAAUUAUUCUUCAGAUGCUUUCAGAAGUAACUUUAGUACCAUUUUGUCCUUUAUUUUUAUUAAUAUUUUCUAGCUGAAUUCAAAAGAGCUGUCAAAGCUUGUACUGGUAAUGAAUUAGGCUCAGAUAUUUUAACUGUAUUAUUUGCUCUGUUCGAUAUUGAUGAAGACAACUGUUUAAGUUACCAAGAGUUCAUUCACAUUAUGCGAGAGCGACAUUCUGGUGGAUUAUCGAAAACUGCCAAAAACAAUAAUAUCAUGCAUAUGUAUCGAAAAUGUUUGAAACGUCAUCUACGAAGCUCUAUGAAUCAAUAACAAUAUAAUCAAGGAAUAUUACAAUAGAAAUUUUAUGCCUCAAUAGUUAGUUAUGUUUAUUUUGUUACUUUCCAUUUUAUUCAAUGUACAAUGGACUGUGAUACAAUCAGAAAAUGGUGUAAUAUAAUUUUUGCGCGGUUCAUACAAUUUAUAUGUAUAUAUUUAUGUAUAAAAAAAGUAAUGACUGCUAUGCUGAAGCACUUAGGAAUCAGAGAUUAAAGUACAACCAUUUUAUCAUUUACAUAUUAAGCCUCAUAGUAACUAUGUUUAUGCUGAUAUGUGGAAAAAGCUGACGUUUCACUACUCAUGUGGAGAGAAUCUACAAUAAUUAAUUUCAAAUUGGAUGACAUAUUAAAUUUUAAACACUCACCGAAGAGUGGAUCAACUAAAAUCCCCUACAAUUCCCUACAUCUACAACUCCAAGUUAUUUAGUUUGAUUUUAAUAGAAUGAAGUGCUGUCAUUGUUAACUAUUGUUUUUUUAUUACCCUCAAGUUUGAACUUCAUACAUAAAUCAAGUUAUUAAUAACCAUUUCCUGUUACUUUCCUCCCACUAAUUUCCUCUCAAAAAACAGGAGGAUUUCCCUUUUUACUUAGAUUUCGGUUUAUUUGAAGUAGUGAACACUUUGAAAGAAAAAAAGUAGCAAGAUUUGUUUAAAUCAAUUUCUGUGUUGUAGUUUUUUUUAACACUAAUUUUAUUUGAAAAUCAUGACCUAACACUUAUAGUCUUUACAACAGUUUCUAAAUUUUUUAAACAACUUAAAUGCAUUUUAUCUCUUGUACUAUGAAAAGAGAAGUCUUUAGUCCCUGCUUUUAUAUUCUGUGAUGUUUGUUCAAUGUUCAAUACUUUACUUUGCACACAGCCUAAUUUGAAUUUCCAGUAAACAAACAAUACUGAUGCCGUUUUAUCGUUAAAAGACAUUCCUUUGCUUUUAAUUUGAAUUUUAAUUGGAAAGAAGUUGUACUCACUUAUCAAUGUUUCGCUUUCCUUUUUUAAAAACAUUUUGUUUUUUUUUGUUUUGAGUUAAAUGUUGUUACACUAUUCUUCAUCUUCCUCUUCUUCAGUAUACGUACGUAUAAACUUGAUUUUUGGUUCAUUCCGAAAAUUGUUUCUAAACAACCUGUGAUACUUCCUGUUAAAAAAAGAAAACAACUGUUAAACACCAAACUGUUAAAUAUCAGAUAUGCGGAAAGAAACUGUGUAUUUUGUGUAUUUAUAUUUGAGUAUAGUUACUUUUUAUUAUUAAAAUCAUACAUCUGUAAGUUGACGUGAA